CACCCUAGCGGGUGCACUACAUGUAAAAAUUCCAGGCAUUUGGAACUCGGUCGUGAUUUUACGGCUAUAACUGAAGCGUUCUGCUCCGGUUUCUCCAGUAUCUCCAGCGUGUUUUGGUGAAAGUCAUGGCUGCAAAGAGAGCCUUAGUGAUUUUGGCGAAGGGGGCGGAGGAGAUGGAGACAGUGAUACCCGUGGACGUCAUGCGCAGAGCCGGGAUCGCUGUGACUAUAGCAGGACUGACGGGGAAGGAUCCUGUUCAGUGUAGCCGUGAUGUCCUCAUCUGUCCAGAUUCGAGCCUGGAGGAAGCCUCGAAACAGGGCCCAUAUGAUGUGGUUCUGUUACCUGGAGGUCUGCUUGGAGCCCAGAACCUGUCCGAGUCUCCUGCUGUGAAGGAGGUGUUGAAGGAGCAGGAGGGCAGGAAAGGGCUGAUUGCCGCCAUCUGUGCAGGUCCCACAGCACUUUUGGCUCACGGAAUCGGUUUCGGCAGCACAGUCACGACCCACCCGGGUGCUAAAGACAAGAUGAUGGCUGGAGAUCACUACAAGUAUUCAGAGGCCCGCGUUCAGAAAGACGGACACCUGAUCACGAGCCGAGGCCCGGGCACCAGCUUCGAGUUCGCCCUGACCAUAGUGGAGGAGCUGCUGGGUGCCGAGGUGGCCUCUCAGGUCAAAGCUCCACUCGUCCUGAAAGAUUAAUCAAGAUGAAUUCCUCCGAAUGCUAAUAAAUUAACUUGUACCGCACUUCAUCGUUAAACAGAGCCGCAAACAUCUGUGAGAAUCACUGUAUGCUUUACAGAAGAAUAAAAGCACCUUAUUUUGAGAAAGAAGAA